AUGCUAGCUUGUUUUCGGCUGCCUCGCGAGUUGCCUAUUCGCAUACCCUUGCGGCCAUCAUCAUUCAUCAAACAUCUCUCCACCACCACAACGCAACCUCUUCAAGAGCCGCUCGGCCCCGGAACACUCCUGCGAAGCGAUUCUAAGCGUCUUUAUGAUGUGAGUGAUGUUCUCCUGGAGCGGAAAUUUGGCUCAACCUUCCUACGCGUUUACUUCCAAGGCGGGGAAAGCGCCGAGGACAAGAACAACGUUAUCAAGAAUGUCAUUCCAGGCGAGUUUGAGUACAAUCGGAAUCUACAGAAGAAAGUGUCCUCUUCUCCAAAUGUGCGAACGGUCGUCGAUACCGUUCAGGCGCACAUCAAGACUGAUAACAUUCUUAUAAACUACGCGGAAGAUCCUGACGGUCUGAACAUUCAAGAUGUUCAAAUCGCAGACCUCGACGAUUCGGUCGAUUUGCCGCGUGGGAUGUGGCUACAAGGCGCUCUGUGCGGCAAUUCGAUCUGGAGAAGCCUGAAAGUUGGUGUCGAUCCCAACAGAACCAGUCCUCAGAUAUAUUCUCUUUUGGAAUUGUGGUAUGCCUGUCGUGAUCAACUCCAUGCUGAUAAUUGA